UGACAAUGUUACCUCGCUAGGGUAUAACAAUUAUCUCCGUUUCUUCAAGAUGUGAUCGUAUAUAAAAGGCCUUCAUAUUGAACUACAGAACAACAAUGUUCCAUCUGAGCCUCAAAUUGUUGCAUACCGACCUCUUGACGUCCAUCACCACUGUUAUUGUAUUGGCUCUUCUGGUUCAUCUAGUUCCCUACCUCAUCGACUCCCAUCGUCUCCGCUCGUAUCCUGGCCCUCUUGUCGCCAAGUUUUCCGAUGUGUGGCUAGCAUACGUGUCUUACCAAGGACAUCGUUCUGUAGUCAUUCAUGAUCUGCACAAGAAAUAUGGUCCCUUCGUCCGCCUAGCGCCUAAUCACAUUUCUGUAGCCCUUUCGGAUGCCCAGCCACUGGUGUACGGGCACGGAAAUGGAGCCCUGAAGUCAUCGUUCUAUGAUGUAUUCGUUACCACAUCUCGUAGUCUGUUUACCGUUCGCGAUCGCCAGACUCAUUCUCGCAAACGGAAGAUCAUCUCACACAGCUUUUCGCAGAAGAAUGUGCUGGAGUUCCAGCCGUACGUACGCCGUUAUGUUGGUCAACUGCUGGGGCAGUGGGAGAAGCUAUAUGAUAACGCUUUGAAAGGCAUGUCGGGCAAGGAGGGUGAAGGCUGGGAGGGUCGUGAUGGGAGGCUUUGGUUGGACUGCUUGCCGUGGGCAAACUAUCUCGUGUUCGAUAUUAUCGGUGAUCUAGCGUUUGGGAAUCCGUUCGGCAUGAUCAUGGCAGCCAAAGAUUCCGCUCCAAUGGCUCAGGAUCCACAUGCCGUGAUGGACUCUUAUGGACAAGCAGGGGUCGAACAUGCCUCGAAAGAAAUUGAAGUUAUCAAGAUUUUGGGUGGAUCAUCACAAACUUUCCUUGCGACAAUGGGAGCUUUACCUAAUUGGUGGAGGUCGCUUAUCGCGCUAAAUCCCUUAUUUUGGGAGGGUGGGCAAGACUUCCGCGCUGUUAUAGCGUUAGCAAUCAUGGCGGUAUCAAAAAGGUUGGAGACAUCGACAGAGAGGAACGAUUUGCUUAGCAAGCUGCAAGCUGGAAAGGAUGAAGACGGUAACCCAAUGAGCCGUGAAGAGCUUACCGCAGAAGCGUUGACCCUUCUCGUUGCGGGAUCUGACACUACCUCCAACACCACGUGUGCCAUCAUAUACUACAUCGCUCGUGCCCCGAGUGUACAAGAGAAACUGUGUGAGGAGAUAGACAAGCACCUAGGGUCCUAUGUCGCUACAGCCGAGCAAGUGAAGAACCUUCCCUACUUGCAAGCGGUCAUCAACGAGGGGCUGCGACUAUACUCCACGAUAGCUAUGGGGCUCCCCCGUGUAGUACCUGAGGGCGGGUUGACAAUGUUGGGAAACCACUUCCCUGAGGGUACAAUUAUUAGUGUACCUUCUUAUACGCUCCAUCGGGACCCAUCCGUGUUUGGGGAUGAUGUAGAGGAAUUCAGGCCUGAGAGAUGGUUUGAGUGUGACAGUGCCCUUGUAUCAAAGGCAUUCAGUCCAUUCUCUGUCGGUCCUCGAGCUUGUGUCGGGCGUAAUUUAGCGAACCUCGAGCUGCAGAUUAUCAUCGCGUCGAUUUUCAAGAGCUUUAAUGUCACGUUGGAGAUUCCUGAUCAAGUUCUCCAAAUACACGAGGGCAUCUUAAGGAAACCGAUUGGGUGUCGUGUUGGUUUGAAGAGACGUGAAGUGCUCUAGUUCAUUAUAAUGGUCUGUUGGAUUAACAAGCAGGAGCUCCGUCGUAUCCCGCCGGCCGAGCUCAAUACCCCUUUAUGUUGGGAUGGACAUUAUUUACUGAACACUGACUGUCGAGCACCCUCACUGCGUUUCCGCUUAUUGCUACACUGUGUGAGGUCUAUGAGAUAGCUAAAAUUGUAUACUAUUAGGUCCUAUGAAUGUGC